UUUGGCGAUAAGCGGUGUGGGAGACGUGACUCGAUGGCAGCACGACGCAGCGGUCAAUAUUUAGGUUUAGGACCCGUCUGAGUAUUCCACUGCGCAGCACAACCUAUAAGAGAGCGGCCAUGAACCAAGAAAAACCCUCAAACAGACAAUCAUGAACCUCAAGCUGCUUAGUAUCAUUACUCUCAGCUCGACACCCGUCGCAAUGGCGGGCCCCCUUGCAUAUGCUGCAUGCCAAACUGGUGAGCCAUUGAGACGACACCAACAUGAGCCUUGCACAUCCUUGCUGCCGCUUGACAUGUUUCCUGUCACAGGUUGCAACAUGAUAGCUGUGGGUUGUUAUUCGGUGGCCGGAUUCACCUUUGGCACGGUCGCCGCCGCUGUGGCACCCCCAAUGAUCCUUGCUUGCAACGCGGCCCAGGGCACAUGCAUGGCUGCAUGCGCUGCGACCGCGUUGUGGGCACCGAUCCCCUGAACAUAACUGCUGGAGUCAACGAAACCUCCGAAAACUUGGAGCUAUAUUUUUACGCCCUCAUUGUAUUACUGCGUACCUUCCUUUUUCUUUGCUGUUCUUGGAAAGCCAGUGUUAUCCCCCUCUGUCACCAUAUAUGCCAAUGCUUGUGUUUUUGUGCGCGUACGAUAGCAAAAAAAUCUAGUCUAUAUGAUCAAUCUCGAGUCAGUUUUCAGUCAGACAGGAGCUGAGAAUACAUCCUUAACCACAGAAAGGUAGUUUGUUAGGCAUUUCCUGUGCAAAUUGGGCAUAAAUUACUGAG